CAUGCCGCCCCCCGGGCUGCGGCUCCUGCCGCCGCUACUGCUGCUGCUGCCGCCGCUGCUGUGGCUCGUGGUGCUGUCGCCCGGCCGACCGGCCGCGGGGCUGUCCACCUGCAAGACCAUCGACAUGGAGCUGGUGAAGCGGAAGCGCAUCGAGGCCAUCCGCGGCCAGAUCCUGUCUAAGCUCCGGCUCGCCAGUCCCCCGAGCCAGGGGGAGGUGCCGCCCGGGCCCCUGCCCGAGGCCGUGCUCGCCCUGUACAACAGCACCCGAGACCGGGUGGCCGGGGAGAGCGCCGAUCCUGAGCCCGAACCCGAGGCGGACUACUACGCCAAAGAGGUCACCCGCGUGCUCAUGGUGGAUCGCAACCACGUAAUCUAUGACAAAACCAAGGACAUCCCACACAGCGUGUAUAUGUAUUUCAACACCUCAGACCUGCGCGAGGCCGUGCCCGAACCCCUGCUGCUGUCCCGGGCGGAGCUGCGUCUGCAGAGGUUCAAGUCCACUGUGGAGCAGCACGUGGAGCUCUACCAGAAAUACAGCAACAAUUCCUGGCGCUACCUCAGCAACCGGUUGCUGACCCCCACGGACACGCCCGAGUGGUUGUCCUUUGACGUCACUGGAGUCGUGAGGCAAUGGCUGAGCCAAGGAGAGGGACUCCAGGGCUUUCGUUUCAGUGCCCACUGCUCCUGUGACAGCAAAGACAACGUACUCCACGUGGAAAUCAACGGGAUCAGUCCCAAACGCCGGGGUGACCUGGGCACCAUUCAUGACAUGAACCGGCCUUUCCUGCUCCUUAUGGCCACCCCACUGGAGAGGGCCCAGCACCUGCACAGCUCACGCCACCGCCGAGCUCUGGACACCAACUACUGCUUCAGCUCCACAGAGAAGAACUGCUGCGUGCGGCAGCUGUACAUUGACUUCCGCAAGGACCUGGGCUGGAAGUGGAUACACGAGCCCAAGGGCUACCACGCCAACUUCUGCCUGGGGCCCUGCCCCUACAUCUGGAGCCUGGACACUCAGUACAGCAAGGUCCUGGCCCUGUACAACCAGCACAACCCCGGCGCCUCAGCGUCGCCCUGCUGCGUGCCGCAGGCGCUGGAGCCGCUGCCCAUCGUGUACUACGUGGGCCGCAAGCCCAAGGUGGAGCAGCUGUCCAACAUGAUCGUGCGCUCCUGCAAGUGCAGCUGAGGCCCCGCCCCGCCCCGCCCGGCAGGCC